AUGGCAUUCAGCGGCCGUAGAUUUGUCGGUGAGCUACUGAGCGCCGCGGGUGACGAAGCGCUUGAGGUCUAUAACAACUUCACAUUCGCCGAAGGUGAGCUCAAGGAUGACUACGAGACACUAUUGCGGAAGUUUGACGCAUACUGCAUUGAGCAAGGGUACGAGGUUUACGAACGUCAUGUUUUCCGUAUGCGACUUCAAGAUGAGGGAGAGCACUUCGAGCGGUUUGCACGUGAUCUGAGGACGCAAGCCAAACUUUGCAAUUUCGGGACCCUUGAAGAGUCGCUCAUUAGGGACCAGAUUGUAUUCGGGACUAAUAACAAGACUGUCCGAGAGAAAAUGUUGCGGGACAAAACCUUGACUCUACAAAUAGCCGAAAACAUGUGCAAAGCUGCUGAAGCGGCGGCACAACAAAAUGCUGCAUGGGCCACCGAGCGCAUGCAAGUGGACUGCUCUCGCCGAUAUGAACGCGGCAAAGAACAGAAAGGCCGGUGCAAGCACUGUUGUCGGGUUCACGCUCCAUGGCAAUGCCCAGCCUACGGAAAAACCUGCUACGCAUGUAAAAAGAAGAAUCACUUUUCAUCGUGCUGCAAGAACCCGCAAGUUCACGGCAUUCAGGAAGAUCAUGAAGAUAGCUCUGAUGUUCUUGACGUCAGCAUCUGUGGCAUAAGCACAAAACCAGGAAAAGACUGGAUAGUGCGUGGCAGGGUCUCUGGUCACGAGAUAGAACUGAAAGUCGAUACGGUUUCCCAGGCCAACUUAAUUCCGCUUAGUAUCUUUCAGUGCAUCUCGAAAGUGAACGCGUUGCGCCAGAGCGCAGCAGUGCUGACUGCCUACAACGGUUCCGAGAUCAAGCAUCUCGGUGUUGCCACUAAAGCAGUAGAGAUGAACGGUACAACGAGAGAUACUGCCUUCUUUAUCGUCAAGAAAGGAUGCCAAGCAAUCAUUGGCCUGAGCACAUGCAUCGAGUUCGGCAUUGUCCCAGCAAAUAUCGACUCAGUCAAGCGAAGUGGUGAAGCAGGGAUAGAAACAGAAUUUGCGCAUCUGUUUCGCGGAACGGGCUGCGUGCAAAGAAAGUACAAGAUGGUUCUGCGACCAGACGCGGUUCCAGUCGCACAACCUGCUCGGAAAGUACCUUUGGCACUGAAGCAACCAUUGCGUGACGAGCUGGCACGCAUGGAGAAAGCGUCCAUCAUCGUAAAAGUUGAAGAACCCACCGAAUGGAUACCCCUUGAUGAAGCUACAUCGCGCGUCUGCACGUUCGCCACUCCCUUCGGGCGAUAUCGGUUCCUGAGGCUACCGUUCGGCAUUUCGUCUGCCAGUGAGGUCUUUCAAAAGACGCUGACUGAUAUCUUCGAAAGUAUCCCAGGAGUACGCGUUUACGUCGACGACGUCCUCAUUUGGGGUACUGACAAAACCCAGCAUGACCAAGCGCUUCAGUCACCCGCGGCGCUCAGGAGGAUGGCCGCCUUGACCGCUUCUGUCUUGGGAUGGUCUGUCGAGGUAGCUGUCAGGAAUAGGUCCAAUCUUUGCUUGAAGAGUUCCCAGUUCCUUCUGACGUUGCCGGUCAACUGUAGUGGGCAGGGUAGUUUUAAGGCGUCCAUAGCUUGCAUCCUGCCGCGCGGCUGCGAGCACUUCUGA